CUGUAUACAAAACACCGUGCAGGUGUGGUUGUUAUGGUGAGGAGUAUGGACGUUUCCCUUGAGGGCAGGAGCAGCCGUCUGAUGGACAUUGUCACAGCAGCUGUCGCUGACACACCUCGCAAGAUAAGAAGUUUGUCGCACUUUUUCUAAUCUCCUUUUAUUUUCUUGUCCUUCUAAAACUUCUUGCGGAUUUACCUGUUAGGUAUACCCGAACUGAAGAAAACGAUGAAGGAAGAGAUGGUGUCGUUAAACCCUACAGGUCACUGAAGCCAUCACGACAUGCUGUGACAUUUCAAAAGCCAACUGAUAAGUACAUCAGCAACAACACGCUGUCUUUGGACUAGUCUGCACUGAACCCCUGGAGAUACAGUAUUUUAUUGCAAUGGCACGCAGUUAAUCAAUUACACCUUGUGUGAAACUCACCAUGUUGCCAUAUCCCUAACUUUGGAACUUAUUUUGUACCACACCCGUACAAUCACUGUAAACCGCUGUGAAUUUGAUGCUGCUGUUUUGUUUCCAUUCAAAAAUGGAGCAUUUAACCUGAGUUUCAGCACAGCUUUUGCAUUUACUGUCAUGACUUUGCACCCGGAUCCCAAGAUGAUCGUUGGAUGAGUGUCCUAUAGGACAAUUGGAGAGAGGAACUGUCAUGUGGACACCACCAGCAGUUUGGAUGAGUGUGUUUUUGAACACUUUCUGCACUUUUUUCGGCAAGACAAGUUAAUCUCAGAGAUGGGGAAGAAGAAAUUGCAAGAUUGUGUCUUUUCACCUAAAAUCAUGUAGAUAAAUGAUAAUGUCCAAUAGGGAUUUAUUCAUUAUUUGUUAACAAUUGGUGCUUCACUUUUUUGUGAUCAUUUUUUUAAUGCAGUAUAUUCAAAGCACUUCUUUGUGCCUUCCUACAGGCAGCAGCCUGUUAGGCCUGACAGGAGGGAACCCAUGAUAAGCUUAAAACUCUGAGAUUGUCAUUGUUUACUGUUGUGAAUUAAGACAAUUAAAUAUAAUAGAAGUCCAAGGCCUUGUGACGGCAUGGCAGCAGAGCACAGUGAGCUGCUCGCCGAGAUGGCCACAGUUGGCCGUUUAGGUGCCACUGAGCGCCUGAAGCAUGCGCAGAAGCGUCGUGCACAGCAACUCAAGGCGUGGAUACAAAUGGAGAAGGACUCAGCACGAGGAUCAAGGACCAAAGCAGACAAGAAAAAGACGCGCACCAUCAAAGUAACUUUUCCCCACACUAUCACGCUCUUAGAUGCAGCUGCACGCGAUGAUGUGGAAGAAGUGAGACAACUGCUCAACAAUGGUGUCAGCCCAGAUCUGGUAAAUGAAGAUGGACUGACAGCCCUUCAUCAGUGCUGCAUUGAUGACUUUGUGGAGAUCGUGCAGUGCCUGCUGGAUGCUGGUGCCUGUGUUAAUGCAUGUGAUAGUGAGUUGUGGACACCACUGCACGCUGCUGCCACCUGUGGACACACGGGCCUGGUGCAGCUCCUGAUUCAGGCUGGAGCUGACCUGCUGGCUGUCAACGCAGAUGGCAACAUGCCCUAUGACCUCUGUGAGGAUGAGGCUACCCUGGAGCUGCUGGAGACGGUUAUGGCUGAACAGGGAAUAACUCAGGAACGAAUCGAUGAAUGUAGGGCAGCUAAAGAAAAUGCCAUGCUAUCAGACAUUCAGGCUCAGCUUCCAGACAAAGUGGACCUAAAUGCUCAGGACAAUAAUGGAGCAACUCUGCUUCACAUAGCAUCUGCAAAUGGCUACAUGUCCGUGGCCGAGCUGUUGCUAGAGAACAAGGCUGAUGUUGAGUUGAAGGACUCUGAUGGCUGGACACCGCUCCAUGCUGCCGCCUGCUGGGGACAAAUUCAAAUAGUGGAGCUGCUGGUAGCCCAUGGAGCAAAUCUGAACUCCAAGUCUGUUCUCGAUGAGACGCCGCUAGAUGUGUGUGUGGAUGAGGAGGUCAGAGCCAGACUAACUGACCUAAAGCACAAACAUGAUGCAAUCAUGAAGAGUCAGGACCGGCACAAGGGGACACUGCAAAGACGAGUAUCCAGCACCGGAAGCAGAGGGAAAGUGGUGCGUCGUGUCAGUGUUAAUGAGCGUUCGAGUCUGUACCGACGAGAGCACCACAAGGAGGCCAUGGUGUGGCAGGAACGUGGCCGGCAGCCUGAUCCAUUGGAUGACGAUGAGGACAGACAGACAGACAAUGAGCUGCACCAACAUGCUGUGAUGGAGAGCCGCAAUUCACCUGGAACCACUACAUCGUAUAAGAGCAGUUCUGGCCAGAACAACAGCCCAACAGAAACAAAGGUUGCUGGAGGAUCCUCAACAUUGCGUUUAGAGGAGCUGCAGGCUGCAGACAGGAAAAUAAUGUCCAACCUUGAUAAUGGAGAGACAUCUGUGUCUCUGUCGGCAUCUGUGCCAGGAGAACUGUGGAGCGGAGGAGGUCUCAUGGAGCGUAGCGCCUCCUACCAGCUGAAUGCUGCAUCUGUAGCCGAGUUGGGCUCGGGGUCAGCUGAGGGUGAGGGGUCAGACAGUAUGACAAGGGAAAAGUCCCACCAAACUUUGGCAGACUUGAAACGCCAGCGCGCAGCUGCCAAGCUGAACAAAUAUCCUGCACCUCCACCACCACUGCCUCCUGCCCUAGAAGAGGAGCCUUCAGUUGUAACUGUUGAGGUUACAACCACUCAGGCUCAGCCUGAGCUCCAAACCCCAACCAGCACUGAGUCGGCAGCCUCAUCAGGCCAGGUGUACUUUACUCCGUCCAGUGGUGACCCUCCGCUGCUGAAACUAAAAGCUCCUGAUGAGGAGCAGUCCAAUAACAAGGAGCCAUGCUGUGGACUCAUGUAGCACAUGCAGAUUUACACAUAAUUCCUUCCCUGCCUUCACAGUGUGUUACACACACUGUGUUAGAGAGAUUUCCAAUCGGAUGUUUGAGAAUGAAUAAAAGACAGCCCAGAACAAGGACCUUUGUAAUUAAAGCAGCAUUUCAGAAGUGCAAUUGUCACUACAUGCCUAUUUAUAUUUUCUGGUAUUGCUUUUGUGCCUUGGGUCUCUCACGAUUCCUUUUAGAAGCUGUAAGAUUUUUGGUCAGAUGCAAGGUGUCCAUCUAGUGACCUGCAAAGAAACAAAGAGUAGUUCUGCUUUUAUAUUUUUUCUUUCACAUACAGAGACAUUUUCUUAAAUAUCCUGGUAGCAAAGAACACAAAUUUAGAAUAAUAAAGACAGUUUAUUUAACUUAUUUUUAAUUUAAGAGUGAAUGGAGAUGUAUUGAGUGAUUAACUUGUUUGGUAGAUGAUUAUGAAAUGAAAAUUUCAGGCAGGGACAGAAUUUUUUUUUAAUCUAACACACUUUUUCUUAUUUUCUCUGAAAAUAUUCAGAAACAUUUUAUUGCACAGAAAGCCUAUAUUUCAAUAUUGCUAUUUUAUUGUUUGUAAGUCAAAAGAUCCUCCAUUUCAACAUUUCUUAGUUAUCAGAUUUUGUACACAUUUUUAAUGAAAAUGUAACUUUAUUAUUGUAUUAUAUUCUAUAAAG